AUGAGAUUUCUCUUGUGCCUGGCUCUGCCCCUUUCCUUCUGCUGCUGGGAGGCUGGGGCCCCCAGGAGCUCUGCAGGCCCCAGUGGAUCAGGCCAUACAGAACUGCCUGCUGUGACUCCAGAGCUCUGGACAAGCUCAGAGGAAGUCUUUCAGGCUACUGACCUCACUGAGCCCUCUGUGCCAAACCACGUCUCUUGGGAAGCUCAGACCCUGAGCAUCCAGACCUCUGAUAGGACCUUCAUCAGAGGCGGCUCCGUUUCAGAAGCAGAGACUAGGGACGACAAGACCAUGGCUCUCAUGACAAGAAAGCCUUCCGAGUUCACGGCUGUGAUCUCUCCUCCCACAGCAGCAUCGUCCACAGGUGGCAGCCCCAUGGGACGUGUAAGGACCACAGUUGACACUGUCACAGGCAGUGAGCUCUGGAAAGCUGUCUUUGAGAACCUUUGCACUUUUGACAGCUCUGAAGAAGCAAAGAGAAUCUUGAAAUUCAUUCACAUUUCUGCACAAGCCGAGGCCCUAUCCUCAGAGAGCAGUGCCUCCUCUGACAGCUCAGUUCCAGCCGUCACCACCUCACAAGUCCUGUCAUCAGACAUCACUGCUCUGACCAAAGCCUUGGUUACCUACAUCACCAACAUCAAGGUGAUCAACUGCAGAGUUAUGGAAACAGAACCAACUGCCGCCAUCCCUGGGACCUCACACAUAGAUCACAGCUCUGUAGGAGAACAUGCCCUGUCCCCUCCUGAGAGGUCAGCCUUGCCUGACUCCACUGAAGCAAAAUCACACCUUACUAGGAACACAACCUCUGUUGAGACCUGGACAAUCGCCCGCGGCAUGGAAUCAGUCACACCUGCAGGCACAGUCAUCCUCAGUAGCAUCCCAGAAAAGGAAAUGACAGCAGCCAAGGCCACCAGCCCAAGUGGAACCUUGGUGACAGUCAGCAAGGACCUCUUGGAAGAAAGCUCAGGCCUCUCUGUUGAGACAACAAGCGACACCAGUAUCUCAGGGAUAAUUACAGUCUUCACAGAGGAUGCGACAACAGUAAGCAAGGUGACUUCCCCUGCUGAGUUCUCAGCUACUGUCUACAGCUUCUCCGAAGAAACCUCCACCACGAGUUCCACCUCCUCAGAGACUUCCACCACACACAGCACGUUCAGUGGGCCCAUUCCUACUAUCAGCAGGAGCUCUCUUCCUUCUUCCCAUCUGCCUACGAUCACAGCCUCAACCAACAGUAGCUCAGAAACAAGCGUCACCUCAGCCAAGACCACAGACUCAGCGAAGACCAUGAAAACAGCCAGCGCAGGUGGAGGGAAGCCCUCAACAACCUUGGCCACUCCUGCUCGGACAAGGUGGACAGGCAUUACCCCAGGCACAGACGGAGGCUUCCUCCUCCUGAGGCUGAGCGUGGCCUCCCCUGCAGACCUCACUGACCCCAGCGUGGCAGAGAGACUGAUGCAUCAGCUCAGCAAUAAACUGGACAUGCUUACGUUUCCUGUCCAAGUCUCCCUGCUGCGUGUCAGGAGUGGCUGA